AUGUCUCCUUCUUCUUCUGCAUCUGAGAUUGAACAGAAUGUAUCUAAAUUACUUCAAGCAACUAAAAAGCUACUUGAAUCAUUAACCGCUUGGUCAUUUGGAGAGUUAUCCGACAACCAAGUUCAUCAAGAUUAUCAAACACUAGAUACCCACUUUAGCCAUAUAUCACGAACCUUUGAACUUCUGUUAUUACCUAUGGAAGACAUGUGUCAUUUACCAAACGAAUUAUAUGCUUGUCUAAAGAACACACUGUCUAAACCACCAUCAUCUGAAGCACUUGAACAGGAUUUACCUACAAUCAAGAAUUCUAUUCUCAAAUUACUUCAUGGCAUCAAAAAGAAACAAGCUAUCCUUCGUGAACGUCGUGAGCCCAAGGUCCUUUCACCUAUGCAAAUCGACCUCACAGAUCCUUCCGCCAAGCAGGUGGUCAACAGACUGGCUUCUCAAGACAGUCUAGCAGAAAGCUCAAAGUGCGUUAAUAACAAACAAGAUUCCGCCUUACCACUGUAUCUGAAAAAGGGUAGUCGUAUAAAGAAGGCAACAAUUCGAUCUCAGGAUCUUAUCCUGUCCAACCUAAGGCAAUUGUUCGAACGUCAUUACAAUAUGCUGGUGCCUGAAUCGGUCAUCUACAUACUGGAUCCCUGUUCGGAUGUUGAAUAUGAGCUGGAAAACGUGGCUGAUGUGAAGCCUUACUCUAUCUUGUCGAUGAAAGAUAUGUCGGAUCAUCAACCUCUGUUGGGUGAAAUGAAAAAUGCAAUGGAAAAGAUUGCGGAACAAGCGUUGAAGACAUGGUUGAAUAAGCAAACGACGUCAGACGAAGUGCAGUCAUUACGUCAACAACUACAUGCUACUCGUCAGGCGUACGAAAGUUGUAAACAAAAGUUAGAGAACCAGGCACAAGACUCACCUUCAGAAACAGUCAAGGCGGAGAUAGACGAAGGUAAAGAGAUUACUCAGACGGCUGCCUACUUGGUCACCAGCCGAUUAGAGGCCUUACAGGACAGUGUUGAUCAACUCAAGCAUGAUAUUACCCAGAAACGAUGUCGACCGAGCAAGAACCGGUUGCAGCAGUGUCUGGAUGAAUCUAAGCUACUCGAGAAGGAAAUGGAAGACCUCGAGGCAUGUUUGAGAACAUACAAGCCUCAAUGGAAAAAGACGUGGGAGACCACACUUCAGACGAUCGUCAAGGAACAAAAAUUUCUUAAAGAUCAAGAGAACCUUUUGAUUGAUCUCAAAGAAGACCAUCGUGCUAUCCUUGAUGUACUCGAACAAGCUACCAAGAUUGCUGAAAUACAUGAGCGAACAAAGCAACAGCCAAGUGUGCCGGAGUUUAGAGUGGCCCCUGCCGAAGAAGGGUUUGAAGGGAUGGCAAGCGUGAUGAAGGAGGUGUCGGCGAUUCGUGUGGACCAUGAUCGUCGAUUGCGGGCUUUAGAUCAAGCGGAGAAAAUGAGAACCAAGGCACUGGGACAGAGCAUUGAUGCGUUCGAAAGAGAAUUGACAAACUUUGUGGGAUUAAAGAAACUCAAAAGAACAGGAGGAGCAGAUGCAGUGGAUAAGCAACGGGAGGAAAAAGAUAGAGCAAUCAUGAAGCAAAUGUUUACUUGCGUCUAA